AUGUCGGUCCAUCUUAUCCUAACUGUACCCUUCAGUCUGACAAUAAUCAUCAACCGCCGGGACAGGCAGUCAUUCCUGAGGUCAAGAAAAGAUCCCAGCGAACGAUUGCGCAAGUUGGAUAAGGUCUCGCCAACUUGCACGCUCGAGAAAUGGUGGACGACCACGAAAGGGAAUCUCGGGCUGCCUGAAGCCGUCGAUGGACAAUUUGUUUGCGCCGUUUGUUUGGAGCAAGUAGACCGCACGCAUGAAAUUCGUGAACUGCGGUGCUUGCACGUUUUCCAUCGGGAAUGCUUGGAGAAGUGGUUCUUGGGAGACCAUUUCAAUUGCCCGCUGUGUCAUCGUGCCUAUUAUGUCGCCGACACACCUCCCCGCAACGAGUAUGUGUGGAUGGUAUGA